AUGACGACUAAGACCAUCCAUGGGAACUCGCAAUUCCAAAAGCCCUCCUCUCUACGCUGGACAUGGGAGUCACCUAGUGGAGGAGAGAGAAAUCCCAGGACUACCAUCAACUGGGAUCUCUUCGCUAUGCUAGCCGGCUUUUGGGAAGAUUCCGCAAUGGACAACAUCGACGAGGAAUAUAACCGGGGCGGAGAAAAGCAUCCGCCAUGCCCGUCGAGACUUCACCAGUCGCAAGACGAGGAUGACUGCUCCAGAGGUUCUCCUGUCCGGUCUCGACAGAAUAAGACCAGAACACCUGAACAGCCUUCCGCCAGUACUCAUCAACACCCUGGCGAGGCUCUUUCACGUUACCUGUCGGAAUGCAAGGUUCCUAAAAAGCGGAAGACCAGCAAGACCGUGUUGUUGUAA